AUGUCAUCAACAAAAUCAUCGGUUAUAAGGAUCGGUAUCUUAGGUGCCGGUAGUUCSGGUGCCGUCGCCUGUAAGUCAUGUCUGGAGGAAGGCUUCGAUGUUGUUGUCUAUGAGAAAACCGGACAAACAGGUGGUCUCUGGCGAUACCRUGAGAARGAGGARGAGGAAGAGGACAGUURUGUUGUCGGUUUGGGAUCAGUGGCCAAAAGUACUAUUAUUAAUACUAGUAAAGAAAUGCAGGCCUAYAGUGACUGUCCACCGCCGGCCGACUUUCCUAACUUUAUGCACAAUACAAAAUUGAUWCAAUACUUUGAUGGAUAUAAUCAAACAUUUGAUUUUCAACGAUAUGUCCGAUUCAGAMACGAUGUACUCAAUGUAGAGCCCAAUGAUGACUAUGAUAGGACCGGGCGCUGGAAGAUAACGGUCCGCAACAACAAUACUAACUGUCUGACUGUUGAAGUGUUUGACGGUGUAAUGGUAUGUACCGGUCAGUACAGUAGGCCAUCGAUACCGACAAUCAAAGAUCAACAUCUAUUCAAUGGUCGUAUAUCUCAUACACAUACAUACAAAAUACCCGAUGAGUAUGAAAACAAACGGGUAGUUGUUGUAGGUGUGGGCAAUUCGGGCGGCGAUGUGGCCGUAGAGUUGGCUACAAUAGCCUCUAAGACAUAUCUAUCGACUCGUUCGGGAACAUGGAUUGCCUACAGAUUGGGUCCAAAUGGUAGACCAAUGGACACAUGUAUGGGCAGUCGUUUCARUAAUUUUCUACUAAAUCUAUUGCCUAUGAAUUGGAAAUAUACACUAUUGGAAAAUAAACUAAACAAGGUAGUCGAUCACGAUUACUAUCAAUUAAAGCCUAAKCACCGGGUAUUUACCCGGCAUCUAAUGCACAACGAUAUGCUACCUAAUCGUAUACUAUCGGGUAGUGUUAUAGUUAAGUCGGAUAUUCAGCAGUUUACCGAAAAURGUGUAAUAUUUAAUGGCGAUAAACAGGAAACACUGUGCGAUGCGGUAGUAUUGGCCACUGGCUAUCAACAGUCGCUUGAGUUUCMAUUUAUAUCCAACCCUCAGCUGCCCAUACCUACCGAUCGAUUAGAUCUCUAUAAGUAUGUAUUUGUACCGAAACUACUGCAUCCAAAAACACUGGCCUUUAUUGGUUUCAUACAAGUAAUCGGUUCUCAUCUGACUAUAUCGGAACUUCAAUGUCGAUGGUUUGCCCGAUUGAUGGCCAAUAAAUUGUCGCUACCGUCCAGUCAGUCGAUGUUGGCUAACUGUGYUGACCAAAAACGUCGUCUAAAGCACAGGUACUACGACAACUAUAGUCCAGGUCAUCYGAAACCGACGAUUAUUGAUAAAGUUGAUUAUAUUAAAUGGUURGACUAUAUGGACGAUUUGGCCGCACAGUUAGGUGUUAAGCCUAAACUAUGGUCAUAUUUUUUGACUGAUCCAAAACUAUGGUGGGCACUGGUAUUUGGUCCYUGUGCUCCAUAUCAAUAUCGAUUGAAUGGACCUCAUUCAUGGUCAGGUGCCCGACAGGCCUUACUGACCAUCAAUGAUCGUAUUGAACAACCGUUAAAAACCAGACACCAGAAGCAGAAACCAAUAAUAACUAAAACUAACUAUUUAUUGUUUGGUGGGUUAGAUAUGAGCAGCACCGGGAUGUUAUUUUCAUUGGUCGAUGAUGAUAAUUUGGUUCUAGCAUUGCCAUAA